AUAAAUUAAACCAGCAUAAGAGGAGCAUAAGAGGAGCAUAAGAGGAUUUCUUAGUCAUUCUUCUGUGCAGUCUGUGCCAAGGUGCUGUCAAGCAAGAUGAUACGAGCGGUCCUGUUCCUUCUUUUGCUCAACACCCCGGCCUGCUGUGGUUUUGGCUUUAAAGGCUGCUCUCAGAACUUCCCCAUGACUGAGACCCUGUGGUGCUUCAACCACAACAUUGCUAACCUCUCUGAUGUUGUUAGCAUGAUCCCAGAUAAUAUAACAACAAUCAACCUGUCCAAGAACAAGAUCCAAGUCAUCCCACCUGGAUCAUUCAGUCAUGUGCUCAGGCUCAAACACCUGGACCUGAGCCAGAACAAGCUGGUGUCUCUAAAAGGAGGAGAAUUCAGAGGCUUGGACCUCUUGGUUUCUCUCAAUCUCACCAGCAACAACAUCUCACACAUCCGCUCCGAUGCAUUUGAUGGACUCGUCAGGCUACAAUCCCUCCUUCUGACCUAUAAUGCACUUGUUACAAUCUCUCAAGGUAUCUUUAAUUUCCUCCCACUGAUUCAAGAAGUCAACCUGUCUCUGAACAUGCUCAAGGCUUUCAGCUGUGAAGAGUCUGGUGGCUCCUCCACUCUUAGGCAGCUCGAUCUUUUAGCAAACAACAUCCGCAAGUUAAAUGUGAGCUGUUUCCCUGCCCUUGAGUACAUCAGGUUGUCCAACAACUCCGAGCUGGAGCUCCAGGCAGAUGUUUUUGCCUCCAACCGCAGGCUGAAGAGUCUGCUUCUCCAGGGAGUUAAAGCAGAAGUGCUGGUGGGACUUUCUGAGGAGACAAAGAGGAAUCUCUCUCAGGUGUCAUUUUCUUUGUUUGUGGAGAGAUCUCCAUUUACCAUCUGUGGAUUGCUGAAAGGAAUGGACCAGCUUGAGAGAGUAGAGGUUGACUUGAAAGGAUCCAAGUUACCUCAGCGUAACUCCAGCCUCCUGGACUGUGCCACUCCACAAGUGGUGUUUAUUGUGCAUGCAAACCUUGGGAAUGUCGCCCAGUUGACAUUGGGUAAAGGAAACACAAGCAGACUCUAUCUCAACAACUGUGGGCUGAAGGAGAUAUCUCGUGCUACAUUUGACGGUUACAGUAGACUGAAAACACUGCAGCUGAAUCAAAACAAGGUCGUCAUUCAGCAGGAUACUUUUCAAGGCCUGACCAGUCUCACCUUUUUGAGCUUUGACAGGAGCAAAUUACGAGACAUUGACCCCAACUGGUUCAUCCCUCUGAAGAGUCUGACUCGCCUGUCUCUCAUGAAAAAUGAAAUCACUGAGUUGACACCAAAGGUAUUCAGUGCCCUCACCCAACUUGAGCAGCUCUACCUGCAGUUCAAUCUGCUAAAAUAUAUCACCAGGGAGCCUUUCAGUAAGCUACGGAAGCUGAAUAAGCUCAACCUCAGUUUGAACAUAAUUGAUUUCAUUGAAGAAGGCUCCUUCCGAGAUCUGAUGAGUCUCAGGUACCUGGACUUAAGUGGGAACCGCAUCAAGAGGCUGACACCAUCCAUUCUGUCUGGCCUGAUGAAUUUGAAGGCAUUUAUUCUGUACAACAACCGUCUCCAUUUUAGAUCAUAUGAAGCUCCUUUCAUCAGCCUUACUUCUCUGGAGUAUCUGGAGAUGAACUACCAGGGACCUGGAGGUCGAGGCAUUGGUAAUAUUGGACCAGAUUUCUUUCGAGGUCAGCGUCAACUUACCUCACUGGCCAUCGGGCACAGCAUCAACGUCGACUUCCAUUGUGACGCCUUUGCUCCUCUGGUCAGACUGAAGUACCUGUACAUAGCAGGGGUGAUUAUGAAAUCGACCAACCUGAGUGCAGUGUUGUCCCCUCUGAAAAGCCUGAAGAAGCUGACUCUUUACAGGGCAGACCUGGAUACUCUGCCUGCUGACCUGUUGCCUCCAGAUAAUUCACUGGAAGUCCUCAAAGUCCAGUCAAACCACCUCCAUACUGUGAACAAAACGAUGCUGGACGUUCUGCCGAGAUUGCGUGUUUUGGACAUUACAGAAAAUCCACUUACCUGUACCUGUGACAAUGCCUGGUUCAAGACCUGGGCUGUCCACAAUGCUCAUACACAGGUGUCCUACCUGUACGACCUCCAAUGUGACAACGACAAGAGAUCUUCCUAUCUGUGGCAGUUCGAUGAUAAAGCCUGCUCCUUCGAACAGAUUUCCUUCAAUCUCUUCAUCACCUUUUCUGUGAUGGACGUGUUGUUUGUGUGUGUGUGUCUGGUCUGGCACACACAAGGCCCUACCCUGCGCUACCUGCUGCUCAUCCUCAAGGCAAAGGUACAUGGGCGUAAGGGGGCAGCAAGGCCCAAAUUCCAGUAUGAUGCAUUCAUUUCGUAUAGCUCCAAGGAUGAGGCCUGGGUGAUGAGGCAGCUGGUGCCCAAUCUAGAGAAGCCAGCUUCUGGUUUACCGGGGCUCAGGCUAUGCCUCCACCACAGAGACUUCCGCCCGGGUACUGCCAUCUUGGAGAACAUCGAGGCUGCCAUCUACAACUCUCGUCACACCAUUUGUAUAGUGACACGUCACUUCCUGCGAAGUGAGUGGUGCUCUGUGGAGUUUCAGCUGGCCAGCCUGAGGCUUCUGUGUGAUGGCAGUGAUGUCCUGCUGCUGGUGUUCCUAGAGGAGAUACCUGACCACUGUCUGUCUCCCUACACACGCCUACGCAAGAUUGUACGCAAGAAAACCUACCUGCUGUGGCCAGAGAAACCACAAGAGCAGGGCGCUUUCUGGGUCAGACUGGUAGAUGCUCUGAAAGACAAUGAGGAUGAGGAGGAGGAAGGAAGAGGAGGAGAGGGAGAGUUAGCGCCGCUAAUUGGCUAGGCCAAAUGCUAACUAUUUGAAAUACCCAUAAUUAACUUUUCAAGGCCUGGCUAGGCUGUCAAAUUACUUCAUUUGACAAGAAAUAAGUAAAUAAUAACCAAGGUAAUAUGAAAUCAUUGUAGUGGAAUUACUCGGUAAUAACAAGAAAAACAACAAAUAGCCAAAGUAGUGUAGUGACAAUUUCUUGUAUUGAAUUGGCUUAUAGUUACGGAGUAACACAUUUUUAAAAAAUAACUGGGAAAACUCUUUCUAGACAAUAAGUUGUAUGGCUUCAUGCUGCCAAAGCUUAAAACUACUGCUUCCAAAUAAAAAGUCAAAGACACACAGUACUUUACCUGAGUACAUUUUCACAUCCUGUAUUAUGUAAUAGGAAUUGUUUGCCAUAUAUGUGGUUGGUUUCCACAUUAAAAUGAUAAUUACCUUUCUGUGGUUUGUAACAUGUAGUAAAUGUUCUGAAAUGUGUUUUUUUUUAAGUAUUUUCCAAUUAAUAAUUGAAGACAAGGGAAAUACCAAGAAAUGCCAUGUUAUUACCUUCCUAUGGCCUGUUAAGUGUAAUGGCCGCUGUUUCUUUCAAAGUGGCAGUUUAUAUAAUAUAAAUAAAUACCAGGAACACACCUUUCUAUGGCUCAUAUAUUUGCUUUUUUCACAUUUGUGAGUGGAGACCUAAAAUCAUCUCAACCUGCUUCAGAAAACCUGCUUCUGUACAACAUAUUUGUUAAGAGACCGGUUUUAAAAGACCAUAUUUGAGUUCUAUUUUGGUUUUGUGAUUAUUUUAGAAAUGCUGUCUUAGCUAUGAUGAUAUAUAGUAUAGUGAGCAAUAAGAAUGAUUCUUUCUAUGCUUAUUUGUUCUGUUCCUUAUGCCAAGUGGUGAAAAUAAUUACAUUUACUGUCCAUAAUCAUCAACUGGCGUGCUGACUUAAA